AUGUCACUUCCAAGUCGGACCCUUUCUGUGUUUUAUUCACUGAGAACAAUGGCAAGUGGUAUGAGCAUCUCGAUUCCAUCCGGUCCUGCUCCUCACUGGGCUCUGUUUGACAGGACAGAGACUGCUAUCAACAAUUUGAACCCAGCAUUUGCCAAGAAGUUUGUCAUCGACUAUCACUUUGAGGAAGUACAGAAGCUCAAGUUUGCCCUAUUUGACCAGGACAAGUCUAGUCUGCAACUGGAGGAGCAUGACUUCCUGGGCCAGUUCUCGUGCACUCUGGGCAUGAUCGUCUCCAGCAAGAAAAUCACCCGGCCCCUGGUCCUCGUGAAUGAGAAGCCAGCAGGAAAGGGUUUGAUCACGAACUUCUGAUGACAGAAACAAACA